AUGGGUGUGGCUCCCAAACUCAUUGUAACCGACCAAGACUUAGGAAUGAAAGUUGUUGUUGAGGAGGUCCUUGUCAAUACAAGACACCAGUGGUGUAUGUGGCAAGUUAUGAAUAAAGCUGCUGACAAAUUGCCAAAGAACAUGCUUGGUAGUGAACAACUAAAGAAGGAACUGAAUGCAUGUGUAUGGUCGGAGUUGAUAGAACCUGAUGCAUUUGAGGAAACUUGGCAUGCUAUAAUGGAAAGAUAUGGACUGGCCAACAAUGACUGGUUUUCAUCAAUGUUUGCAUCCAGAAAGUUUUGGGUUCCAGCCUUUUUCCGUGAUUUUCCGAUGAGUUCGUUGAUAAAGACAACUUCUUUGUCUGAAUCACACAAUAGCUUCUUUAAAAGGUACUCAAAGUCUCGGGCUAACCUUAUGCAAUUUUAUAUGAACUAUAACCAUGCUCUGGAGACUCAAAGAAGUAAUAGUGCAAAGCUUGAAUACUAUGAUUCAACAAAAGUGCCUAUUUUGCGAACAGAAUUGGAAAUCGAGAAACAUGCAUCAACUGGUAGUGCUUAUAAUGCAAUUCAAGAAGAGAUAGUAUAUGCAUGUUUCUCUUUGUCUUGUGCAACUCUAGGAGUGUCUACCAAUAGAGAGAUUGAAGUAUAUAACAUAAAGGACAAGGAUUCAAACUCAUGGACAGUGACUUACUCUAUUGGCGAUGACACCUAUUUGUGUGGAUGCAAAAAGUUUGAGAGACUUGGUCUAUUGUGCAGUCAUAUAUUUUGUGUGUUGAAAUAUAAUUUUGUUAAGUUGAUACCCGAGAAGUUGCGUGGAGGAAGAUGGUUGAAGUCACAGUUUGUGAAGUCAAUACAUGGAGGUUUUUGUGAUGAUCAAGAAAUACACCUUGUUGUGGACAAUAAAAAGAUUGCAUUUAAAAACUUGUAUGCAUUAUUCAUUGAAACAACACAAAGUAUUGAAGGGAACAUUGAUCAAAUCAAUGCAUUUGUUGCAAUUAUUGAAGAAGGUAAGAAGCAGCUUCUCGGAAAAGGUGUAGUUCCGUCUUCCACAGAGAAGAGAGCAUUGAUUGAGAACUUCUAUGGCUCACAAGUUCCAAACUUUAUUGAAGUUCAUCCUCCUGAUGUUGUUAGUACAAAGGGAAGUGGAAGUAGGAAGAAAUCGAAGAAGGAGUCAGCAAUGAAGUUAGCAAUGAAACCAGGCAGAAAGUGUGGAAAUUGUCAUGAGAUUGGACACCAUGAUUCUAGGAACUGCAAAAAGGUUAAUGAGAAGGCAAAUCAGAGGCAGUGA